UUGGUGAUCACUGAAUGAGUAGAACUUUUUUCUAAAUUAAACAGUUCCUGGUCCUUCUGGUAUUGUUCCAAGCUUCCCAUCCUAAUCUAAAAUAAACAGUUCAGGUGAUUCAGGUUGGAAUACUUUGGAAAUCACAACAGAUACCAACCAAUAAACAAUAUUUUCUGUCAGGGAAUGGGGAUAUAUACUGGAGUCUACUACUCUACUUAAAUUUGUGGAUUUUUUUGGGUCCUUUCAAUUCUAAAGAGUACUACCAAGAAACCUUAAUUCACAGUUUUGGAUAAAAGAAGAAGUAGAGAAAUGGUUGGGGAAGGAGUUUUAUCUGCUAUGAAAGAUUUAAGUAUCAUCAACUACCAGCAUAGAUUUGUUGGGGUUAAGAGGCAGAGUGAUUUUUAUAGAAAAGCUAUUGGUGUUGGAAAAUCAAACCUAACAACGGCAACAACGUCAAAGACGGUCUCGAUGAAACUGGAGAGACAGAGGAGAACACAGAAUGUAGAGGGUGACUUCUUCGUUGAUCACAAAUGUAUAGAUUGUGAUGCCUGCCGCUGGAUGGCUCCGCAAGUCUUUACUCGAGUGGAUGACCAGUCUGCUGUUUAUAAACAACCAAGUACAGAGAAAGAAAGGCUAAAUGCUCUUCAGGCUUUACUUUCUUGUCCAACAAGCUCUAUUCAUACAGAGAAACCUGCUCGUGAUAUUCUAGAAGUUCAGAAAACGUUCCCACUUCGGAUUAAUGAACAGAGAAUUCCGGGUAUAUUUGACUGUGGUUAUCAUUCUGAGGCAUCAUAUGGAGCAACAUCCUAUUUCAUCACCCAUCCAGAUGGUAACAUUCUCGUGGACAGUCCAAGAUACACAGAGAGACUUGCACAUAGGAUUGAGAUUCUUGGGGGAGUACGCUAUAUGUUUCUCACCCACAGGGAUGAUGUAGCAGAUCACAACAAGUGGUCAAAGAGGUUUGGAUGUGAUAGAGUUCUUCACUCACAAGAUGUCGAGGAUAAUACAGCUGAUGUAGAAAUAAAGCUAGAUGGUGAUGGUCCCUGGAACCUCGGGAACGACUUUGAACUUAUCCACACUCCAGGUCACACGAGAUUUCAAAGAAUUCGCUGCUAUCAAAUGUUUGAGGGGUCUGUGUGCUUAUUAUACAAGCCUCUUAAGGUCCUAUUCGCUGGGGAUCAUAUUAGCAAAGAUCUAUCUGAACUGUCUAUGGGGGAACAAUACAAUCAGCAAUCAGUUCCUCUUCAACUUGAAAGUGUGCGCAAGCUGUUAGACUUCGAGUUCGAGUGGAUCCUACCUGGUCAUGGGAGGAGAGUUGAAUUUGAAGACACUCAAGAGAAGAACAAGGCUUUGAAAGCUUUCUUGGUCAUGAAAGGACAAGCCCAAACCCAGUCUGUUUAAUGAUCAAUGCAUGUAAGGUCGUUAGUCUAUUAUAACGUGUUUGUUGUACUUCUCUCUGCUGAAACAUUAUCUCGAACUAAGUUUUUAAAGUAACAAAUGUAUGUACAGUACAACUUAAUGAAACAGGGAAGUAUUUCUUGAGGAAGAAAUCUCAUUCGGAUUGGU